CGGUCCUCGAGACCCAAAUUACCAAAGGGCUAAGGGGGGAGAUCCGGGGACAAGAGCUGGGCGAGACUUCUAGAACACGGAGCAGAUCUUCCUCCACACCCCCGCCUGCAGCAUGCAGGGAGGUGCCGAGUUGAGAGGCCAAGGCCGAAAGCCGGCCUUGCAGCAGCAGCAGCAGCAGCAGCAGCAGCAACGCGCCAGCGCGAGUUCUGGAGUUUGGCGGCAUGGCUCAGGCAAGAGGCGCCGGGAUACAAACCGCAUCAUGGAAGGCCCCUGGGCGGGAACGGGGCGGGAUCCAUGGGAUGGGCAUCUCGCGCCGCUGGCGCUAGCCGAAGGCUUGGGACGAGCAGUGGCCAACGACGGCUGUCGGCCUUCCCUCCACCUCUUGGUUGGUUUCCUGCAGCGUGCGUCCCGUGGUGCGAUCAGCUCGGCUUUUCAUAUGACGGGUGUGUUACCUGAGAUCGAAGCCGUCGGUGAGACAAGAUUUGAAUUACCCGCUUUCUCGAGGGAAGGGCAAGCAUCCUUGGGUUGCACACAUAUGCAGCACAUGAUGGUCGGAGAUGCUGGCCAGAGAGCAAGCGGCCACGUCAACUAGGAGACUGGGAAUGGGAAAAGUGCAAUCGAAGGGUCGUAACCGGACAUGGAUACCUUACUGCCCCCCCGCACCCCUUCCCCCACCCCCCAAAUAUCUUGAUGGCAUACGCACGAUCAUCAGGUGUGAAAAAGACCUGAAUCGAUCGAAACGGCAUCCCGGGGCUGUCGAGAUACAUUAUUGAACAAAGGGUGUCAGAUAGAGCGUG